CUAACUGACAUCUUAACACUAUCAACAAGUCACUUUGUUGUCAUUGUACUUACAUUGCAAUUUAUUUUCUUGUUAAGGUGGCUGGGCAGAUAAUGUGCCCUUGUGGUAUUGUAAAUUCGGUCAAAUUCAAUUUGAGAGCAGAAAGUCCACGGGAUUAUGCUGACAUGCUACUCUCCUUUAAACACCUGCCAAAUGUGUUGAUCUACGACUUUGCCAGGGGGUUGGUUACUCACACCAACUUGCGUGAGCCUGAAACAAUACCAUUCAGGCCACAUGAAGGGCGACUGGCUGAAGCAACACCAACAAAUCUCAAGUCUGCUGAGAAAGGUGAAUUAGAAAUCAACCUACCCUGGCUGAAGUUGAAGAAGGAGCAUGCAGACAUAAAUGCACACCCAAGUACAGUAUCUUCAGACCACUUUGCACUGUACGACAUUUUCCAUGAAGGCAACACUAAGGAUCCAAAAGAUUGCCUUCGAAAAAUUGGCCUUGUCCCUGAACUCCGUGGCUGGGUGAACUCUCAGACAGCUGAGCAAUUUUCCUCAAAAAUGAGAAAAAAUAACUACUUUAUGAACAUGAUGUCUCCAGGAAGCCAUGUCUUUCUCAUGCGAUCUGUGAUACACCACCACAAUGUGAUGGUUAACAAGAAGAUAUUGACAGACCUUCGGAAUAAUGUAUCAGAGGACAUUGCUCUUGAUCAGACUGGAAAGGCUAUAAUGGGUGCGUAUCGUUAAACAUUAAUAUAUAGAAUUAAUAUUACAUUAUCUUCACCACUAUUAUUUUUGAAUCCUUGUUAACCUUUUACAGCAUCUGCACUGUUUUCAAUUGGCACUUCAGCUCCAGCUAAUUCCAAAGGUGAGGUGACAUCCUGCUAUUUCGUCUGUAUAACUGCUUUAAAGAUGUGCAUGGAUCAAGUCAUGACGAUGUUCUGCCUUUUGAUUACAG